UUCUAUCUUUACGCGGUUGGUUAAUUGAUUGACUUUGUCAGUGGGUGGGUUAAUUGAUUGACUUUGUAAGUGCUCAAAAUAUUUUCAACAGCACACAGGGAAGGAGCGUGCCACAAAUGCCGAAUUUGAACAAAGUCCUCGAGAAGAAGAAAAUUGGGGAGAGCUCGUAAAGUAUGAAUCUUAUGGUCGUCAUGGAGAUACUAAAUUUGAUUUUACGACAAUCACGCGUUAUGAGGCGGAUACAGCGUUUGCUGAUUACGAGCAUGUGGCGCAUGCAAUGAUCUUCGCUAGAGAUGAAAGAAUGAGAUGGAACCAACAGUCAACAAAGGCAGCAGUUAUAAUGCAAAUGCGAUUCGAUGGACGCUUCGGUUUUCCCGGAGGACAUAUCAACAAUGGAGAAAAGACAAUUGUUGGUCUAAAUCGUGAGUUGAAGGAGGAACUUGGACUAGAUAUCAGUGAAUUUGGAUUCAAGGAGACAGAUUACGCUGUGACAUAUCUUCAUAAAGUCAAGAAAUUCGUUUUGCAUUUUUUUGUUAAGGAAGUAACGCUAGAAAACCUGAAAACUAUCGAAAGUAACUGUAUUCAUGCGCAGGAAUUUGGUGUGGAGGCUUUAGGGUGUUUGCGGCCACCUUUAUACUCGCUGAAGGAUUCUUUCAGAGGAUUACCGGCAUUUUUAUGUAACCAAUUUGCAGGGAAUGCGAAAGAGGAGCUUCUCUUCGGCCUACAACACUCAUAUAUCAUUGAAGAAGAGAUUAUAGAGAAAAAUGUGAUGAUUUCUAAUAACAUUUUAUCAAAAUUAGCAUAGGGACAAACAUCAAAAACAAUGGAACGUGCAAUGUGUGGGCUAUACUUUUACUUUAUUGUACGUAAAAGUAUAUGAUAUUUAAC